GCUCCCCGCGGCGGCCGGGCAGGGCUGGGCCGGGCCGGGCCGGGCCGGGCCAGGGGAGGAGCGGCGGGAGACGGAAGUGAAAACAAGAGCGGGGGGCCGGAGCUGCCGCCUCGCAGACGCGCCGCGCUGUCCUCGCCUCUCCGCGCUGUGCCGCGCCGCCGGGCAUCAGUUCUUUGGAUUUGGUCCUUGAAUACUAAACAUCAUGAGCAACUACAGCGUGUCUUUGGUCGGGCCGGCUCCCUGGGGUUUCAGGCUUCAAGGGGGCAAGGAUUUCAAUGUGCCUCUGUCUAUCUCUCGACUUAAUGACGGUGGCAAGGCAGCCCAAGCACAAGUUGGAAUUGGUGAUGUGGUUCUCACCAUUGAUGGGAUAAGCACGGAUGGGAUGACUCAUCUGGAAGCACAAAACAAGAUCAAGGCAUGUACAGGCAAUUUGAACAUGACACUGCAAAGAGUGUCUUCUAUACAAAAACCUGAUCAUUUUCAUGUGACAAAGGCAGAACCUACCGAAGUAGUUAAGCCUGUGCCCAUUGCCUCUGCUGUUGCACCCAAAGUCACUGCCACGGCGAGCGUGGCUUUCAAUAAGACACCGAGGCCGUUUGGAGCUGUAACCUCCUCCAAGGUCACCUCCAUCCCAUCACCGUCCUCCGCCUUCACGCCGGCGCAGGCGUCGGCCGGGUCCCCGUGUGCCGUGCCCGGAGUGCAUGCUAACGCCAAGCCUAACGCUGAGCCGUGGCCUCCUGUGCUGGGCGCUCCUAAACCUGCAGUUCCUGUCCCACGGCAGCACGGUGCCGCCUCGGCCGCCGACGGCGCCCCGGACGCAGCCGAGGGGCCGCGACGAGGAGGCAGAGAGAACCAGGGGGAGAGUAAACAGCAAAAUGGCCCCCCGCGGAAGCACAUCGUGGAUACCUACACGGAGUUCUACCACACGCCCACCCACAGCGACGCCAGCAAGAAGCGGCUGAUUGAGGACACCGAGGACUGGCACCCCCGCACAGGGACCACCCAGUCCCGCUCCUUCCGCAUCCUGGCGCAGAUCACCGGCACGGAUCACAUGAAAGAACCAGAAAAUGAAGCUGGGAAGAAGACUAAGAAAAGACAAACAGAAAAUGGAGACUUCAGUGAAAACAAUGCUAGACCAGAACCUGCAGCUGCUCUUUUGCCGACAGCAGAUUCCUGCCCCGGCAGUGUCUCCUCUCCCAGACUUUCUGAACAUAUUGCUGCACCAGCUCCUGUGAGGAAGAUAACCGUGCCUGCUCCAGAUGCAGCGAGCUCUUUGCUGGCGGAUGAAACACCUCCUGUCCCCAAGACAUGUGCUGUGGCCACACAGACCACUGAGUUCCCCCUGCCUGCUGACCCCGCUGGGGAGCUGCCUUCUUCAGCCCUGCAUGUGGGAACUGCCCUCGGGCUUCCUCCUGCCCUUGCCAGGUAUGAAGCGUCUCUGCCUACUUGUGAAACAAAUUCUUUCAAUAAAAUCUCAAGCUUUCAGUCUAAAUCAUCUGUAAGUCAUACAAGUGAUUCCCUGGAAGCUGCCCAGUCUGCCCCAGUGAGGAGUGUCCCUGCCUGCCAGGACAACAUGGAUGUGAGACCUGCUCCUGCCAACACCGCACCUACCACAGUCCUCAAGCCAACGGCACCCCUGGGUUCUGCCAAGGGCUGGCAGCCUCCAAACCAAGCAGCUCCUGUCAGUGGAUGGACAUCAAACAGUAUUAAAUCACCUGGAACAACUGCCCCGAGUGAAAAAGCUGCAACAACACCUCAGCUAAAUGAGCAAGACACGUUGGUUCAGCGAGCGGAGCACAUUCCAGCUGGGAAGCGCACUCCCAUGUGUGCACACUGUAACCAGGUCAUUAGAGGACCCUUCUUGGUGGCUUUGGGAAAGUCAUGGCAUCCAGAGGAGUUUAACUGUGCCCACUGCAAGACCUCCAUGGCAUACAUUGGAUUUGUGGAAGAGAAAGGGAUGCUGUAUUGUGAGGUCUGCUAUGAGAAGUUCUUUGCCCCUGAGUGUUCAAAGUGCCAGAGGAAGAUCCUUGGGGAAGUAAUAAAUGCUUUGAAACAAACUUGGCACGUUUCCUGCUUUGUGUGUGUGGCCUGUCAUAACCCCAUCCGCAAUAAUGUCUUUCACUUAGAAGAUGGUGAUCCCUACUGUGAGACGGAUUACUACGCCCUCUUUGGUACGAUGUGCCAUGGCUGUGAAUUCCCCAUUGAAGCUGGAGACCGGUUUCUUGAAGCCCUGGGCCACACUUGGCAUGACACUUGCUUUGUAUGCUCCGUAUGUAGUGACAGUUUGGAGGGCCAGACUUUCUUCUCCAAGAAGGACAAGCCACUGUGCAAGAAACAUGCCCACUCUAUCAACAUCUGAUACUUGGAUCUCAUCUUGUGUAACAAAUGUACUGAGCAGAAAGGUUAAAAUGCCCAUGUUCAAUAAUUCGUUAAAAUUAUGUGUAUGCAAUUUUUCUAAAAUGGAAGAGAGAUGUGGAAAUUUGCAGCAGGGAUUAUACCCUAAUUUUUCAGAGUGUUUAUCUUUUACGAUUUUGCUUCAUAAAAAGAAAGGUAUCAGGAAUUACACCCAAGCCAAACAAUUAGUCUCUUUAUCUCUACUCUUCGCACAUUACUGUAUUUCAUGAUUUUAUUACCACAUUUAUCUCUAUUUCAUUAUGAGAAAUGAAGUAUUUAUAAAAGUAAACACCUGAUAUUAGAAGUCUCAGUCUUGCUGCUAUUCAACAAAUAAAAAAAGAUUGGAUUCAGCAAUCCCGAUCACUUUAUUUUAGUGAUGUUUUUAAAGUGUGUCCAGAAGUAUUGCCACUAAACUCCAUUCAAAGGAACUCAAAGAUAAGAUUAUACAAAAUAUAUGGUUCCAAAACUUAUUUUUUUAAAUCUGAUAUUCAUAUACAGAAAGCCUCCUACACAAUUAUAUGUACCUGUGCCUUUGCAUUUAAAUUUCUGAUGGGUUUGCAAGGGUCAGAGGAUUUCUCAAAGCAUUUAAUUGACUAUGCUGGUGAAAAAGAAUAAUUAGAAGAUGCCACUUCAAAGAAAACAUAAGUGAGAUACUUUUCUGUUACUCAUGUACUACUAGAACACUAGGUAAAACCCCCUGCUGCUGCAGGCGUGUUUGAUAGAAUAAAAAUGUCAGAUCAAAUCUUAAAGGAAUGGGGAUUUUGACUCUUCAGUUUGCAGUCAGGUUUUGGGUAGCUUUAAGUGCCUUGGAAAGGGGAAAUAGUGCUUAAUCUGCAGGUAACGGGGUUUUGUAUCCAGAAUGUGAGAUUCUGGUGUUGAAUAAGGGAAACUGCUGAAGUGCAACUGAGGACAUUGGUUUUUUCUUAGCACAUUCUUUACCACGUAGCUCAUGAGUAUGUAUAUUGGUGGUGUGCCAGGUAGCGUACUGAAAACUUAACUUUCUUGCUCAGCUGUUAUGGUUUGUAUUAGUUUAGAUUUUAUUUUUCUCUUCCCAAUGUAGGGAAUGUAUUGUUAAAUGAUAUUCCAUUGGUUUAAGCAGCUCAGUACCUCUCAGAUCUUGCAAGGGAGCAGAGAGACAAUGCUGUCAUUAUGCAUUUGCCGUGCUCCAGAUCAGCCAAGUCUGUGGCUUGAUACGAGUUUUGCAUCCGUACAGAAAGGCAGUGCAAGACCAGUGCACCAGCUCAGUUGCCCUUAGCCUCAAAUUAGCGCUUAACUGCUUUAAUUGGAGCAACUGCAGGCAGCCAGGGAGGAGGUGGUGCUUCUCUGCACAGGGUGAAUUUGCUUCAGCAGAACUGCACAAUAGAGAAUUGGGCUCUCUCAGGACCAGAGGAGACUCCUGAAGAAAACUGAAUUUACUUGCUGUUUGAGUCAACUGGGGUGUCAGAGCUGAAUUGUUAGUCUUUAGUGCUCUUUUUAGUAGACAUUGAAAAUAACCAUUUACUGGUUUCAUUGUUGUGGGGAAGGGGAUUUUUUUACUGAUUUGAUGGAUAGUUUUAUCCAUAAAACCGUGGAUAAAGCAGUCACCAAAAUUUGCCAUGGUUGAAUAAAUCAAUUGUAAUGAGGAACAUCAACAAAAGAGGAGGAAAGAAAACCAAAAUUGCUGUACUGAAAUCUGAAAAAAUAUUUGGCUUCUUAUUAAUUCAGUGAGACAGGCUUACGUUGUGGGGCUGUUUCACUUUAUUUCCUGAAGUUGUUUUUAUUCAAUAUUACCACAUUUCUUUUUUAACUUCCAGUGGUACAGAAGAAAUUUGGUAAAUUUGGUGAAUGUUGGUAAAUAAGAAGAAAUGUGGUGGUACGGUAUAAAGCUGUUUAAAAUGUUUACACUCUUGUAGAUGUACCCUUUUGUGAGUUUGGCUGAAAAACAGAAGGGUGGAAGCAGACUGGACAAGAUACUGGACAAGCCAGGUUGCUUUUAAAAUUAAGUGGAAUGUGGAGAAAUGAAACCUAUGGCCUAGGUUUCAGUGGAGUUUUAUUGCACAUGUGUGAGGAAAGGGGGAAAUGCACAGGAAAAGGCAUUCCGCAAUUUCUGCAAUUCAAACCUUGCAAUUUGAACGUAGGAUAAAAACUUCUCAGUUUGUCAUUGUCCUUAAAAUCCAAUUAAAUUUUGUUUAUCCUCAUAAUUUUAAUUGGAAUUUAAUUUUUUUAAUCUAUGUGCUCUAGGGUUCGAAAUUUUGAAGUUGCUAAUGAAUUUGAGGACAAAAGCCUGAAGGGCUCCAAGAGAAUUGCUUCAUGUAACUGCUUUGCCUCUAAUUUCUGCUUUUAUCUAUUUGUUUAAAAUUUUAAAGGAAGCAUAGAGUCACUGAUAGAUGAUGAAUAUUUAAUGGCUUUACCAAAUUAUAUAAAUCAAUUAAAAGGAACAUAAUUUUUAUCAUUAUUUUAAUAAGUGAGAUUUUAGUAGAGCACUUUAUAAUAAUGCCAUAUAUCUCACUGAAUAUUUAUUACAUUUUUAUUGUUGUUGUUAAGAACUAUUUCAUCCUGGUAUUAUUUUGUUUUAUUUGUAAGCCUACCUUUACAUCUAGAAUCUUUUGGGGUCUGAGUGUUAUGUGUUUGAAUAUUCUUCUUUCUACAUGCACACAUUGAGAGACAUAAGUAUAUAUGUGUAUUUGAAUGCAGACUUGACAUAACAAAAAAUCAUUUGGGGAUUUUGUGAGAUUCCCGACUGUUUCUCACACAACACAUGUACAGCAUUCAUGUUAUGAGGGAGAGUUAGAGAGUUUGGACAGAUAUAUUAGUAACCUAACUACUGUAGAUCUUUGCAUGCAUUUUCAGUCAGUCCUUUUUUCUUCUAAAACUGUCUGUGAGAGAAUUUGGCUUAACUCUGUUCGAAGGUAGAAUGUCUUUAUAAGUGAAUAAUUGAUCCAUGAUGACAGCUUCAUUAUGUUGUAAUGAAAUAAUUCAGGAUUGCAUAUAAAUACAAAUGCUUAAUAUAACAAUAUAACUUAAAAGCAGGAGUUGAGUUGUGGUUCAGUGGGUGUUGUGGUCUAUUAAUUGUGUACCUAUUUCUUCACAGAGCUACUUGCAUCAUCUAGCCAUGUCAGCCGCUUUGCAAACAUUGUUUUAUGCUAAACUACCAACUGUUAAAUCCUGGUGAUUUCUUUGCUUGUGUUUAAUAAUCUUUGGCAUUAAAUUUUGGCUUUUCACAUUUGCAAAUUUAAUUGUAAUUGAAAAACAUAACAAGCAAAUAAACAUUACUCAAAAUGUAAAA